UGCGAUGCCUCGAGGUUUCAAGAGCUGGGGCUGGAGAUGAAGGAAUUUGCGUACUGUGACGCGUCGCUGUCCUAUGAAGUUAGGGUGAAGGACUUGGUGGAUCGGAUGACGCUGGAGGAGAAGGCGCGGCAGCUCGGAGACACGGCCACUGGGGUGGAGAGGAUAGGACUGCCCAAGUACGAGUGGUGGUCGGAGGCGCUGCAUGGCGUCUCCAAUACCGGCCAGCCAGGCAGCCCUGGCUCCUUCUUUGACGACGAAAUCCCCGGUGCCACCAGCUUCCCCACCGUUAUUCUCACCGCUGCAACUUUCAACGAGUCCCUUUGGAAAACCAUUGGCCAAGUUGUUUCAACAGAAGCAAGAGCCAUGCACAACUUGGGGCAUGCUGGAUUGACAUUUUGGAGUCCAAAUAUCAACGUGGCGAGGGAUCCUAGGUGGGGAAGAACCCAAGAAACACCUGGCGAAGACCCUCUAGUGGCAGGGAAAUAUGCAACAAACUAUGUCAGGGGCUUGCAAGAUGUAGACGGUUCUGACCUCAUCACAAAUUUGAACUCUAGACCUCUCAAGGUUGCUGCAUGCUGCAAGCAUUAUGCUGCAUAUGAUAUUGAGAGCUGGCUUGGAUCCGAUAGGUUUCAUUUUGAUUCAAAGGUGACCGAGCAAGACAUGAAAGAGACCUUUCUCAGACCCUUUGAGAUGUGCGUUAAGGAUGGCGACGUUACCAGUGUAAUGUGCUCGUUUAACCGCAUCAAUGGCAUACCUAUUUGUGCUGAUCCGCAGCUCUUGAAAAACACCAUUAGAGGAGAAUGGGAUCUUCACGGGUACAUAGUUUCAGAUUGUGAUUCACUGGAAGUAAUGGUAGAUGGUCACAAAUGGCUCGGUGACACACCAGAGGACGCUGUUGCCCAAGCACUAAAAGCAGGUAUGGAUUUGGAUUGUGGGUAUAAAAUUGGCAGCUUCUAUGGCAAUUACGCGGCCGGUGCAGUGGCACAAGGAAAAGUUAGGGAGGCAGAGGUAGACAAAGCACUCAAAAACCUCUACACUGUGCUAAUGAGGCUUGGGUAUUUUGAUGGGAGCCCUCAGUUCAAAUCCCUGGGAAGGGCUGACGUGUGCUCCGAAGAACAUAUUGAAUUAGCAGCCGAAGCAGCAAGGCAAGGAAUUGUUCUUCUCAAGAAUGAGAACGAAACUUUGCCUUUGAACUCUGGUGAAAUAAAGACCAUAGCAGUAGUAGGGCCUCAUGCUAACGCCACCGAAGCCAUGAUCGGAAACUAUGCGGGUGUCCCUUGUAGAUAUGUCUCCCCAAUUGAUGGCUUCUCUGCAUUUGGAAAAGUGGAGUAUGAAAGGGGUUGCGCCGAUAUUGCAUGCAAGAAUGAGAGCUUAAUAUUCCCGGCCAUGAGAGCUGCAAAGAAAGCUGAUGCUACUGUAAUUGUAGUGGGGCUGGACUUGUCAGUAGAGGCCGAGGGCUCAGACAGAGUUGAUCUGCUGCUUCCAGGCUACCAAACCCAGCUGAUCGAACAAGUUGCCAGCGUCUCCAGAGGCCCUGUCAUUCUUGUAGUCAUGUCUGGUGGUCCAAUUGAUAUUUCUUUCGCCAACAACAAUCCAAAGAUUGGCGCCGUCUUAUGGGCAGGUUAUCCCGGUGAAGAAGGCGGCCGAGCCAUAGCAGAUGUUGUGUUGGGGAAGUGCAAUCCUGGUGGGAGGUUGCCUCUCACAUGGUACGGGGCUGACUAUGUCGACAUGCUGCCAAUGACCUCCAUUCUGUUGAGACCAAUCGACAGCUUAGGCUACCCGGGAAGAACAUACAAAUUCUUCAAUGGCUCCACAAUCUACCCAUUUGGGUACGGACUCAGCUACACGCAGUUCAACUACACCCUGAAAUCCUCCCAAAGAUCACUCGACAUCAAGUUACACAAGCUGCAGCAUUGCCGCGACGUGAACUACAAUGCAAGUGCCUACAAGCCUCCUUGCCCUGCAAUUCUGAUCGACGACUUGAACUGUGACGACAACAUAGAGUUCGAGGUCGAGGUCAAGAAUGUGGGCAGCAGGGAUGGAAGUGAUGUUGUGAUGGUUUACAAAGUCCCCGCAGAAGGCGUUGUCGGGGCCCCUACGAAGGAGCUGAUUGCCUUCCAGAGAAUUUUUGUGGCAGCAGGAGGAAGUGAGGCUGUGAAGUUUGUGGUGAACGCUUGCAAGAGCCUUGGCAUAGUGGAUUACGCAGCUUACCAUCUUUUGCCAGCCGGGAGGCAUACAAUCGUGAUUGGUGAUGGUGCAGUCUCAUUCCCGAUUAGCAUUAACUUCAAGCAAUAA